AGAUGCGUACCGUGGGGAGAACCGGUCAUUGUCGGAGAAUCUGAUUCUACAUUGCCAGUGAAUGCAGAGCAGGGAGAACAGGAGAGUAAGAGUGUAACUAAUCUUCAAAGGUACAACUUUCGGAACCGCAAGUUAGCCUGCCAAAGGGCGGACACUAUAUAUGAGGAUCUUGAGGCGCAGAGCGACGAUGAAAUGUUUAUCACCAACCCCAGCAAAAGAACAGUAACUGCUGAAAGCCAACUGGAUGCUGCAGAUGACUUGUUUGAUUCCUUGCUUGAGGGACACAAGAAAGAAGAUGACAAGGGACCGUUAUGCAAAGAUGCAGACAACUCAAAUCUAAACUUCACUUCAGUGGACAGGCAGGGCUCGAUGAAGCGCAAGUCAGAAUCGAGCGAUGACCAAACGUUCGAUCAAGAAGAGAAGAGCGAUGAGCCGCAGGAGAAGCGAGUGGCGUCAAGCUCUUGGCUUAUGGUGAAGAAGGAUGAGUCCCCUCCUAUCGCAGUAAAGAGAAAGAAGCUUUGUCAAGUUAUGUCUUAUGCUGAGCCUGCACAUAAUUAUGAGGAUUUAGAAGGAGACUUUGAACCUUCAGAGAAAUUCAUGCGACGACGUGAUGGUGUCAAGUCGUACGUGAAGAAGAAAAACUUGAGAAAGACUUCAUCAAAGCAGAGUCACUCAUUAAACAAAGAUAGAGACAUGGAUGAUGAUGUCAACAUAUUUGAUGACCUUGACAAUGCCGAAGGUGUUGGAGGUGACCGAGGUUCACGCCAGGAAACUGAAACUAUUAGACCAGGUCCUAUUAAGCUGCGGAAACAAGGUCGCCGUCGCCUCUUCCAUCAGAGCCAAGUAGAAAUGGAGAAACGUGCAGAAGCUGAGGAGAAAGAGAGAGAAGAUCCCCCAAUGGCUGACAUCACAGUGAUGUAUAAGACAAAGAGCAGUGAUGAUAAGGAGGAAGAAUCAGAGCUUCUUCCAUGCCCCAUUUGUAGGAAUACAUUUCCAGCCAAAGAUAUUGAGGCACAUGCAUCUGAAUGCAAUGAGUACUGUGAAGAAGAGAUUCCGCCAGAUGAGUUGCAUAUAUCCGGAUCCAGCAGCAGCCCUGAAAUGGGCUUGCAGAGCACACGGGGUAGCAUAUCUGAACAAUGUUGGAGAGACUAUGAAAAUGGAAAGGGAUUUCAAGGUCACCACAGCUCCACAUAUAAGAGGGGACAACAGCGACCCCAGACACGUCAAGAUGAGCUAGAGGCUCCCUUGUCCCCAAUACGUUGCUUCGUUCCUAUAAGUGCACAGCAUGAUUCUGAGAUAGAUUAUCUUCAUCAGUUCCGUAUUGCAACCAGCAUCAAACAACGUGCCAGACAAACUCGAGCCGGGAAAAGGGGAAAGAAACGGAAGAGGAAAGUACAAGUUAAGACGACUAAGGGAAGGAAGAAAGCACGGUCAGGUGGUAAGGAGAAAGUAUCGAGUUGUGCUAAGACAUUUGAGGAUUCUUGGUGACUGUUUUUUUUUUAACAUUCCUAGCUGCUGUACUGCCUGGUGCAGACUAGAAGAACUACUUUAUUGGUGAUGUAUAUUUGUGUAUGUCUGGUGCAUUUCUAUAAUUCUGUCAUCUGUAUUAAUAUUUUCAUUUAAUAAACAAAACAAAAAUUAAAUAAGUUUUGUCUAA